AUGUCAGUGGAGAUUCUGCCUCUGUGUGCAAGAAGCAAUACUAAUUUUGUCUUGGGCAAUGCCCAGAUAGUGGAUUGGCCCAUUGUGUACAGCAAUGAUGGAUUUUGCAAGCUAUCAGGCUAUCACAGAGCAGAAGUUAUGCAAAAGAGCAGCACCUGCAGUUUUAUGUAUGGAGAGCUGACAGACAAAGAUACAAUUGACAAGGUCCGGCAAACAUUUGAAAACUACGAGAUGAACUCCUUUGAAAUCUUGAUGUACAAAAAAAACAGGACACCUGUCUGGUUCUUUGUGAAAAUUGCUCCUAUUCGAAAUGAGCAGGAUAAAGUGGUUUUAUUUCUUUGCACUUUCAAUGACAUAACAGCUUUCAAACAGCCCAUUGAGGAUGAUUCAUGCAAAGGCUGGGGAAAAUUUGCUCGCUUGACACGAGCCCUCACAAGUAGCCGGGGCGUCCUGCAGCAGCUUGCUCCAAGUGUGCAGAAGGGAGAGAACGUUCACAAGCAUUCUCGACUUGCUGAGGUCCUCCAACUGGGCUCUGAAAUCCUUCCACAGUACAAGCAAGAGGCACCAAAGACCCCACCACAUAUCAUUUUACAUUAUUGUGUUUUCAAGACGACUUGGGACUGGAUCAUCCUGAUUUUAACCUUCUACACAGCUAUUUUAGUCCCUUACAAUGUCUCCUUUAAAACCAAACAGAACAACGUGGCCUGGCUGGUAGUGGACAGCAUUGUUGAUGUCAUUUUUUUGGUAGACAUUGUACUUAACUUCCAUACCACCUUUGUUGGACCAGCAGGAGAGGUCAUCUCGGAUCCUAAGUUGAUCCGCAUGAACUACCUGAAGACCUGGUUUGUGAUUGAUUUGCUUUCGUGCCUGCCAUAUGAUGUCAUCAAUGCCUUUGAGAAUGUUGAUGAGGGAAUCAGUAGCUUGUUCAGCUCACUUAAAGUAGUCAGACUACUUCGGCUGGGUCGUGUGGCUCGGAAGUUGGAUCAUUACAUUGAAUAUGGAGCAGCAGUCUUGGUUCUGCUGGUGUGCGUUUUUGGUCUUGCAGCUCACUGGUUGGCCUGCAUUUGGUACAGCAUAGGAGAUUACGAAGUUAUUAAUGAGGAUACAAACACAAUCCGAACGGAAAGCUGGCUUUACCAGCUAGGGGAUUCCAUAGGAACGCCUUACCGAUUCAACGCGUCAUUUGGAAAAUGGGAAGGAGGGCCGAGCAAGGAUUCUGUUUAUAUUUCCUCGUUGUACUUCACAAUGACUAGCCUCACCAGUGUUGGAUUUGGGAAUAUUGCUCCGACUACAGAUGGAGAGAAGAUCUUUGCUGUUGCUAUGAUGAUGAUUGGCUCACUUCUGUAUGCAACCAUUUUUGGCAAUGUGACAACCAUCUUCCAGCAAAUGUAUGCCAACACAAACAGGUACCACGAAAUGCUGAACAGUGUCCGGGAUUUCCUUAAGCUCUACCAGGUGCCCAAAGGUCUGAGUGAACGUGUGAUGGAUUAUAUUGUUUCCACCUGGUCAAUGUCCAAGGGGAUAGAUACAGAAAAGGUUUUACAGAUUUGCCCUAAAGAUAUGAGAGCAGACAUCUGUGUGCAUCUGAACCGCAAAGUUUUCAAGGAGCACCCUGCAUUCCGGCUGGCAAGUGACGGUUGUCUUCGCGCUCUAGCUAUGGAAUUUCAGACAGUCCAUUGUGCCCCAGGGGAUCUCAUCUACCAUGCUGGCGAGAGUGUGGACAGCCUUUGCUUUGUGGUUUCAGGGUCUUUGGAAGUAAUCCAAGAUGAUGAAGUUGUUGCUAUUUUGGGCAAAGGAGAUGUUUUUGGUGAUGUGUUUUGGAAAGAAGCUACCCUUGCCCAGUCCUGUGCUAAUGUAAGGGCUUUGACGUACUGUGAUCUUCAUGUGAUUAAAAGGGAUGCAUUACAGAAAGUGCUGGAGUUCUAUACAGCUUUUUCACACUCCUUCUCCAGGAACCUCAUUUUAACCUACAAUUUGAGAAAAAGGAUUGUAUUCCGGAAAAUCAGUGAUGUCAAACGUGAAGAGGAGGAGAGAAUGAAAAGGAAGAACGAAGCACCACUGAUUCUCCCACCUGAUCACCCGGUCCGCCGGUUGUUUCAAAGAUUCAGGCAACAGAAAGAAGCUCGCUUAGCGGCAGAAAGGGGAAGGGAUCCAGAUGACUUGGAUGUGGAAAAAGGCAACCUCUUGGGUGAACACUCCUCAUCCCGCAAUGUGGUGAAAGCCAGCAUUGUAACUGUAAGGGAGAGUCCAGCAACCCCUGUUUCAUAUCAGUCUGCCUCAACGUCAGGUGUAUCUGAUCAUGCCAGACUGCAGGCCCCUACAUCAGACUAUGCAGGGGGCAAAGUGUCGGGGGACUACCCACGGCGUAAAGGGUGGGCCAAAUUCCGCGAGGCCUGUGGAAAGGGAGAAGACUGGAACAAAGUAUCCAAAGCAGAAUCCAUGGAGACUUUACCAGAGAGAACUAAAGCCGCAGGAGAGGUCACUCUGAAGAAGACCGAUUCAUGUGACAGUGGCAUUACAAAAAGCGAUUUGCGCUUGGACAAUGUUGGGGAGGCAAGAAGCCCACAGGACCGAAGUCCUGUCCUUACAGAAGUCAAGCAUUCUUUUUACCCUAUCCCAGAACAGACGCUUCAGGCUACUGUGCUAGAAGUGAAACAUGAGCUGAAAGAGGACAUCAAGGCUUUAAACACAAAAAUGACCAAUAUAGAAAAACAGCUUACUGAGAUACUAAGGAUAUUAACCUCAAGGAGAAGCUCUCAGUCACCACAGGAGUUGUUUGAAAUAUCAAGGCCUCAGUCUCCAGAAUCAGAAAAAGACAUUUUUGGAGCAAGCUGAGAUGUUUCUUUUAAAAAAAAAAAACCAAACAAUCAAAAACCCAACUAUUUUAAAUUUAGUCUUUCUUGGGGAAAACCAGUGAGGGACCAGUUCACUAAGCAUGUUCCCUGUCUCUAAAAAGGUACAGUAACAGGAUUAACAACCUCAUGUCAAGAUGGCAGCUGACUGAAGUCUUUUUGACAGCAAGGGUAUAGUUUUUAAAGUUUUUUCUUCUUCUUCCUUUGGUAUAUUCUCUCCCCUACCCUCUCCCCCCCAGGAUGUUUAGAUAAGAAGUUUGGGAAUGGCAGCCACUCAUACACACAUUAAGUGACCUCACAGAUUUUUGGAGCAUGCCUUAUAUAUAUCUAGUUCAGUUUUUGAAUGAAGAUUUGCCAGGGUGUUUAAAUUCUCCACCAAACUUUAACAUUUUUUUUGCUGCUGCUGCUGCUAUUACUAAUUGCCCUAAUUCCCCUGUAAACACAUUAAAUGCCACAAUAUAGUUAUUUUCAUACUGAAAUGAUGAUGUAAAUAUCUGAGAUAUGUUUUUAUAUAGUUGCCUCUCAGCUGCAAAGUGCACUAUUUAAUUUCAAAAGGUAGCUGUGGAUAGUAUUCUACAUUGACGCUUGGGGGAAAAUGAAGCAUAUCUACAUUUUAUUUCAAUAUCUACUGCAUGAUGCCAACAUAAUUUCACUUAAAAUCCUUCCAGAUAGCCACAGUGUUUAAACUUUUAAUCAGUGAGAUCUUUCAUGUCUCCAACAGUAGCAACAAGGACAGUAGAUUCUCAGAAACUAAACAUUUAUAAUUUGUUCUCAGAUGCCUUUGAACAUUGAUACAUUUGCCUUUGAUUCUCCUUAAAAUUUUCCAUAGAAACUCCAGAG